GUUCCAUUUCCUCAGCGGGAGGCGCCGGGGGCCGGAACGUGGCUGACGGGCCUCCCAGAGCGGACCUCUUCCGGCUUUUCCCCCUCUGCCGGGCGGUGGCCAGGGCCCGUGACGUCACAGGAGGCGGGGCCAGCGCCGCUGCCGGGUGCUGAAGGCGCCAUUGGAGCCGGCUUGGCUUGCGAGCUCCGCUGAGGAGCCGGAGGUUGGCCUGCAGUUGCCUCCGCGUCCGCUUCUGGUCCCUGGCCCCUCGGCGGCAUGGCGUGCGGGGCGACGUUGAAGCGGCCCAUGGAGUUCGAGGCGGCGCUGCUGAGCCCUGGUUCCCCGAAGCGGAGGCGCUGCGCCCCUCUGCCCGGCCCCACUCCGGGCCUCAGGCCCCCGGACGCCGAGCCGCCGCCGCUGCUCCAGACGCAGACCCCACCGCCGACUCUGCAGCAGCCCGCCCCGCCCGGGAGCGAGCGGCGCCUUCCAACACCGGAACAAAUUUUUCAGAACAUAAAACAAGAAUAUAGUCGUUAUCAGAGGUGGAGACAAUUAGAAGUUGUUCUUAAUCAGAGUGAAGCUUGUACUUCGGAAAGUCAGCCUCAUUCUACAGCACUCACAGCACCUAGUUCUCCAGGUACCUCCUGGAUGAAGAAGGACCAGCCCACUUUUACCCUCCGACAAGUUGGAAUAAUAUGUGAACGUCUCUUAAAAGACUACGAAGAUAAAAUUCGGGAGGAGUAUGAGCAAAUCCUCAAUACCAAACUAGCAGAACAAUAUGAAUCUUUUGUGAAAUUCACACAUGAUCAGAUUAUGCGACGAUAUGGGACAAGGCCAACAAGCUAUGUGUCCUGAAGCUUUCUUGCAUAUCUGGGUACCAGGUUUGACCUCAAGAGAUGGCUGCUGUACACUUUUUGCAACUGGUUUGGUAUCACAUUUCAGCUCCAACUUUGCAUCCUGAGAACACUUAAACGUUUCUGCAGGUCCAUUUUAUACAACUUGAAAGACCUUAAAACUUUCUGGUUGCCACAAGCAUAUCUUUCUUUUCUGCUCAUCCAAUAAACAGCUGUGCCCUACUGUGAUAGAUUUUCCAAACAAAAAUACCUGGAGCAGCAGUUUAGCAAAAUAUGCCCUCACUGGCACUCAGCAAAUGGAGAUUCCCCAAGCACAGUUCUGUAAGAAGUGUGUGUGUGAGUGUGUGAGAGUGUGUGUGUGUGUGUGCGUGUGUGUGUGUAUUUUAAGUUAUUAUUUGUAUUGUGCAAAUUUUUUUGAUCUUGGGGAUUCUGGCUGUGAAUUUGAUGCACGACAAUUAUGGUUAAAAACAUUUGCUUGGUCUACAGAAGAUCAUUAAUGUUUUGUGACCAUAUAAGUUGUAAUGGUGGAUUGUUUUAUGUGUAGGUAUUAUUGUUAAAUACAGGGACUGUUUCCAGGCACAGAAUAUGAAUCAUAAGUUAGGAUGGACAUUAGAUGUGAUUAUGAUGACAUAGCAAAGGUCUGUGGUCCUAGGUCUACAAAUGCGUGGUGAGGAAUUAGGACAAACUGGAGACGGGCCGUUUGACAUGUGGACUCUGCCCAGCCGUGUUGAAAAAUAUUGACUCCAAGCCUUAAAAUACCCACAUGGAGUCUGUGCUCACCUCAUUCACACAGAGAGCUCCCUGGACACUGAACCUCUAAAAAGAAAAAGUCUCCCCUGGAGCAGGAGCAUCAGGGUUUUCUUGGGAGCACGACACAGGUGAGCGCGGGGCUGGGCCAGCCCCUGGUGGCACUGCUACUUGGGAGGAGCCGCUUCGCCUUUGAAUCGGUUAUUACAAACAGAAUUAGGAUCCUUUGGUCAGGUUCCCCCAAAUUCUUUUUAGGAGGUGACCACGUUCAACUGCUUGAGCUUUGUUUUGGCAACCCCCUGCCCAAAGUUGCUUACAGACUGUUCUUCACCUUUGUUCCGAGACCGAGGAACAGAAAGUAGCCUCUGUUUUGAGGAGGUGGAAGUUAAGUAUACAUUUAUUUUUUACUGUGACUUGUUCAGGACCACAUUUUACAAAAUGCCUUGUUUCCUUUAUCAUUGUUUCUGGAAAGGAGAGUUCUAUUAAAAUUGUUUUAGUUUGAAUAUAGAAUAGUUUUAUUAAUUAGGGCUUAUUUUGAAAAAUUCUGAGUUUAAUUCAAAUGUACGCCAGUACCUUCCAAAGUAAGGUAAUAUUCAGAGACAGUCGUUCUGAUCAGAUGGCUUAGAGAAAUUCUGGAAUAUUCAUAUUCGAAGAUUCCUUAUUAAUGAAUGUCUUUGACUUAAAUCUAACCAAAAACUGCAACAUUAUUCUUUGUACAUUUUCAUUAUAUAGUGUUAACAAGCUUAGUUGCAAACAAAUAAAAUACUUAAGCUAUUUGUUUA